AUGCCCAGAUACUGCCCCCAAGAGCUAUUCCUUCGCGAAUGCCGCGACUUCAAAGCCUCCCUCCAAAUCCAAGCCAGCGAGCUAGAGUCCGCCCCGAAGCCGCUCAGCAGGAGGGUCGUCGGAGACCUGGCCCGGGAGAUGAACCGAGCCUUCACUCAAGUGGACACGAUCGUCAGACUAGCUAACAACAUGGUUAAGAAUGACCCAGGCAGCACGGUCAUCGCCCGCAACCCCAAUUUUUGGGCCAAGAACACCGAUCAGGGCGCCCAUUUGAACGAGGAUGGCAUCAUCCGGGACCUACAGGGCAUUGCUAGCACGCUGGAGACUAACCUCCGUCUUUGA